AUAAAAUGCCAAUUAUUGAUUGUCAUUAACGGCCGCUUUAUAAAACGCCGUCGUCAUGAUUGGCAUGUUUGGAGUCAUAUUAAUUUCAUGCUUAAAUUUUAAUCAACGAUUGAAUUACAAAUGUAUGUUUGUUUUGUAAGAUGUGAUAUGAAAGCAAUUUCUGUUUACGUUCACGUGUGUGUGCUGAUGAGUUUAUACGACUGUUUGAUGUUAAAGAAAGAAUGUCCCCAAGAUGAGGUCCACAAAUCGUGUUCCUUCUACGAGGAGUACACCUGCUGGGAGACGCCCGAGCUGAACAAACGAGUGAAGACCACACCUAAGAGACUCACACACUGUAGAUCUGGAUGUUUUUGCAACAAAGGUUUCGUCCGAUCCUAUCCCGAAGGAAAAUGUAUCACUGAAUUGACUUGUCGAGAUCAAGAACUUUUGGCCACCAUGAGAAAGAUACCUAAUAAAACCUUCGACUUUUAAUAGUUUAAUUUUUUGGCAUAAAAAUAUUUCAGAAAAUAUGAAGCAUUACUUUAUAUUUGACCGUUCAGUUUGCAUAUAAAUAUAUUGAGAAAAAAAACGUGAAUAUAGAAUCCUGUUGAAUAAAAGAUUCAUCGCAAUAAUAUAGAAAACGAUAGUAAUAUUCAUAUGUCAAAGUUACUCACCCUUAGCUAUAUAAAUGCCCGCACACACAGAUACGCACAAAGCAACAUGUAAUGCAAAGAAUUUCAACAUUUUACUAAAUUUUUAAUGAAAAACAAGUUAUCGAAUUAAAGGCGUGAUGUCAAAUGAACCGGGUUUCGUGAUGCACUUGAAUAGUUGUAAAGAAUGAUGAAAAAAUCGCGAAAUCCUUGGCAGUAACGAACCGUUGCGUCGGAACAAAAAGAACGUCUCCUAUAACCAAAAACAGGGAGGAAAUCAUAUUGUCUAAUAACAAUAAAUCGAAUUAAAUAACAUCCGGUAAUUCUUUUUCUUAUGAUUAACAGGUAAUCUGUGACAUUUUACACAAAAGAUCAUUUAUAAAAAAAUUUUGAUUGAAUAAAUUUUUAGUCAAGGCUAAGAAACUACGAGUCGUAAAAAACAUU